CGUUCCUUCGUCCUUCGUCCACACACCACCCCUUCCAAAAUUUAUAUUUAGAAGCGAUUAAAUUUUUUUGUAUCACCUCAGUUGAUCAUACGCACAAUGAACAGAUCAGAGCUGGUGUUUGUUCCGACACCGACGGUUGGUCAUCUUGUAUCAACCAUAGAGUUUUCGAAACGAUUACUCGACUGUUGUGACAAAUUCUCUGUCACAAUCCUUGUCAUGGAAUCAGCAUUUGAAUCCUCAACUACUUUGAUCUCAAACCCUAGCACUACUCAAUCACUUGCAGCCUCCCAUGCCCACAUAAAAAUCGUAGACCUUCCCAGUGUGCACCGCCCACUCGAGAUUCUUCAACAAUCUGUGGAGAAAUACCUCACCGUUUUCAUAGAGAACUACAAGUGUCACGUAAGAGACGCAAUAGCCAACCAUGUUCUGCCCAACUCCUCCGUUUCUGGUUUGGUUGUUGAUAUGUUCUGCACCUCCAUGAUUGACGUAGCCUAUGAGCUCAAGGUUCCAUCUUAUCUGUUUUUCACUUCCGGGGCUGGUUUUCUAGGGCUUCUUCUCCACCUUCCCGGACGCUAUGACCGACUUGGCAUGGUGUUCAAACCAUCGGACCCUGAGUCGGUCGUGCCGAGUUAUGCCAACCCAGUUCCUGCAAAUGUUCUUCCUUCGUUUGCUUACGAGGACACCGGGUACAGUUGCUUUGCAAACCACGCUAGGAGGUUCAAGGAAACCAAGGGUAUAAUCGUCAACACGUUUUUUGAGCUGGAGUCCCAUGCGGUUAGCUCACUUUUGGAUUGUGAGACUGAGAUCCCUCCUGUUUACACGGUGGGACCCCUUAUUGGUGAGCAUCAUGUGAAACCGUCGGAUCGGGCCAAAUUUGGAAAGAUCAUGACGUGGCUUGAUGAUCAGCCUCCGAAAUCAGUGGUGUUCCUCUGCUUUGGGAGCUCUGGAAGUUUUGAUGAGGCCCAACUGAGAGAGAUUGCAGUUGGAUUAGAAAAGAGUGGUAAGAAAUUCUUGUGGUCCGUAAGGAAAGCCCCACCUAAGGGCCAGCUUGUAACGCCAGGCUUAGAAAAUGUAAUGACAGGUGAGUACUCAAAUUAUGAGAAGUUUUUGCCUCAAGGAUUCUUGGAGAGGACCAAAGAUGUUGGUAUUUUGUGUGGUUGGGCCCCACAAGUGGAGGUCCUGGCCCACAAAGCGACCGGAGGGUUCGUGUCGCACUGUGGAUGGAACUCCAUAUCAGAGAGCUUGUGGCAUGGUGUGCCUAUUGUGACUUGGCCUCUGUAUGCAGAGCAGCAGAUUAAUGCCUUUCAGAUGGUGAAGGAUUUGGGGUUGGCCGUGGAGCUGAGAUUGGACUACAGAACAGACGGUGGUAAUCAUUUUGUGGUGGCAGAUGAGAUUGAGAAGGCUGUGAGGUGUGUGAUGGACGGUGAUGGUGCGGUGAGGAAGAGGGUUGAGGAGAUGAGUGAAGUGUGUAGGAAGGCUGUUGGCGAUGGUGGAUCUUCCUCUACUUCGUUUCAACAUUUGAUUAAGGUUAUGUUGGCACGCCUUGACAAUAAGGAGGAAUGAUCCUAGCAUACGUAAAAGCAAUGGAUUUUGUGUGCUCAAUAACAAGUCUAGUGCAAGUGUUUAUUAAUGUAUGGUUGGCAUACAGUCUUAUCGAUAAGUGAUUUUCGCAUUUUGUUUUCUUUAUGCACUCCUUUAUUUCUUUUUUCUAGCAUUUGGAAUAAAUCAAGAGGUAGAAACAA